AUGCUCCAGUUGCCACCACUACCAUGGACAUUAACUCUAGGUCGAGGUGGAAACGAGUUCGUAUCUCCAAUUGGAGCAGCCAUGUUCACCGUUUCUACUUACAUUCCUCAAUCCUCAUCUCUCGCUAAAACACCUUCAUUUGUGCAGCAUAUCUUCGCCGUCGCUCUUGUUGACGCUGUUCGAAGGCUGAGUGACAUAGAUGAUUUCCCAUUACGGAUCAAAUGGCCCAAUGAUUUUUACUUCAACAGAUCGCAUAAAGUCGGAGGGCUUCUAGCCGCUGCAAGAUUCCGAGAUGACGGGUUACUGGUAUCAAUCGGUGCUGGUAUAAAUGUGAGUAAUUCGCAACCCACUGUUUGUCUCAAUGACAUGGUUCCGGAAGGAAGCGAGUUGAAAUUCACGAUAGAGGAUGUAAUCGCCGAAACUUUGAAUCGCUUUGAAUAUUGGAUUAAUAUGCACGAAAUCAAAGGACAGAGUGAAGUUCUCAAAGUUUACUACGAGUUCUGGCUCCACAGUCGAGAGGAAGUGACAAUCGAGCAAUUGGCUGAGAAAGGCAUUAUUCGCGGCCUGGACAAAUGCGGAUAUCUGCAGGUUCGAAGCAAAAAAGAUCCUAGUCAGAUAUUCUCCGUGGGUGACAAUGGAAAUACCGUUCGAUAUGAUGAAAGGGUUGAUUCGGCAUAA